UUUUGCCGAUUUCGAAACGGAGCUACGAACUCAGCUCCGAUUUUGUGAAUACAACUGUAAUUGCGGAGCUACUUAUCGAAUGUUGCGUGAUCGUAUUAUUAUCGGAGUAUACGAUAAAAAACUACAAUUAAAGCUUUUGGACGGAAAGGAUGACCCAUUAAAAAAGGUCAUUGAAACUUGUAAAAUUUACGAGGCUGCAAAUGCAAAUAAAAUAUUGCUAGAGCGACGUAACAAUGCUUCCACUGUAAAUGCCGUCUCGGAAACAACUGACCCAGAAUGCAAUUCGGUGUCUCGAUAUUGUUAUAAUUGUGGCGCACCUUUCACACAAAAUCAUAUGCGCUCUUGCAAAGCCAUCGACAUCAAUUGUUCAAACUGUGGAAGAAAGGGACACUUCAGUAAAUUUUGCAAACAGAAGGGUAAGGCAAAACUAAAUGGACAACAACAAUCAUACGGAAAUCAUCAACCAAGGAGAGACAACAACAGCAGCAACAGCAACAAUAGCAAAAACAGCAACAACAGUAACAACAGCAGCAACAACUACAAGAAACAAACAAAUAGUCUCAACUGGAAUGAUGAAGAUUAAAUUCAAACACUCGUGGAUUAAUAAGAUGGACAAAAACUUAUAGAAUUAAUAAUAAUUGGCUAACCACAUUCAAGAUUGAGACUGGAUCUGACGUCAAUUGCAU